GAACUAUCACGAAUAAGGCAUGCCUCAAAAAUGAAUAAGGAAUGCGAAUAAUACUUUCUCAAGUACCAAUGCUGAGGAAAAGGAACACUACCACAUUUCUUAACAGUUGUAUCAUCACCGUGCCAUUUGGUAGGGUAAUACCACAAGGUUUCACGCGUGUGAUAUUGAACAGGGAAUGGAUAUUACCAGUCAUAUGAUGUGAUGCUCCACUAUCAAUGAGCCAAUCAAGAGAUGAAUUGGAACUCGUACAAUAACCAUUUUCAUAGACGAGCCACUUGAUCCGCUUUCUGUUGAUAGAGAUACUGUGUUGUGACCCUAUGGUUCUAGACCACCAUCGCGCCUACCACGACCACUGCCACGACCCCCUCUUGAUGGCGGCCCUCUUUGACCAUGACCACAACCCAAGGGUAUCCCAUGAUUUUAUAACACCUACCAAUAGAGUGUCUUUGUUUUCCAUUAUGAGUGAAAGAAUUUAGGGUGCAUUGGAUGUGGCUGGUGGCACGCGGCAAAAAAAACUCCAUCUAUUCUAUCAUCAAUACUUCGUACAAUACUUAUGUGUCACUCCUCUUUCUUUUAGAUGUAAAAAGCUUCGUGCCUCAAUCACCCUCUGCCUUUUCUUCUUCUUCUUCUUCUUCUUCUUCUUAUUCCCUUCUACCUUUUUCUUCUCUUUCUUCUAGGUCUAUGAUGGUGGGGGAUGGCGGUGAUGGAGGAACUUGCGGUUGUGGUGGGGGCUAGUGGUGACGGGGGUACUGGCGGAGAAGGUGGGGUUGGCAGUGGUGGUGGGGCUAGUGAUUGUGGUGGGGCAGAGGGAGUAGCUUUCUUUCAGCCGGUGGCGAUGGAGCGAUUGCUUUCAGAUUCAUUCUUCUGCCAAAAACCAAGGAUGGGCCGGCAGACUAUCAGGCAGAGCUCUUAUUCACUAACAGAGCAGAUAGGUUAAGGUGAACAUUCUGCAUUCCAGCCCAUAUGUGAGAAAGAAGUCAGGCAAGUUGGUUUAUUUGUUAUUAUUGUACAAUGUAUUUAAAAAUAAAGGGGACAAGUUCAGACCACUAAUUGAGGAUAAGGAUGCAUAAUUAUUCAUCUCUUUCAAAUAUUUGGUUUGAGUCAAGGGAAAUGGACAUCAUGCAUGAUUUUUGUGUAUGGAAUUAGUGUUGAGUUUUCCACUUCGACAAACACUUUUCUCGUUGUUUUAUCUUGGUGUUCUAUUAAUACUCAAUGAUGUAGAUUAUUGUACUACCGAAAAUUACAAAUGGAUUUUGAGAAGUAAAUUUGAGCUCCCAUU